GCAGCUGGUGGCGUGUUGUUUAUGUUGUUUUCUUUUGGCAAUCAUCAUCGUUGCUGGUUCGUCGCCGCUUGCGCUGAUUAGAUUUUAGAUCCCCACUCACACACAGAUAGAGAGCUAUAAUGGCAAGUGGAUUACUCGCUGGCAAGGUGGCAUUUGUAACAGGUGCCGGCUCGGGCAUUGGUCGUGCCACCUGUCGGAUUCUGGCACGUGAUGGCGCUCAGGUGAUUGCUGCCGAUCGCAAUCUGCAGGCAGCACAAGAGACAGCCUCGCAGUUGGGCGGCGCUGAUCGUGCGGCUGCCCUUGAAGUGGACGUCUCAUCGCUGACAAGUGUGAAGAAUGCGGUGACCGCAGCGUUGACGAAAUUCAAGCAGGCGCCGAGCAUUGUGAUCAAUUCGGCGGGCAUCACCCGCGAUGGGUAUUUGCUGAAGAUGCCGGAGCACGACUACGACGAUGUGUACAGUGUGAAUCUGAAGGGAACGUUUAUGGUGACGCAACAGUUUGCCAAGGCAAUGAUCGAUCAACAGCUGAAAGACUGCAGCAUUGUGAACAUGUCCAGCAUUGUGGCACGCAUGAACAACAUUGGGCAGGCGAACUAUGCGGCCACCAAGGCGGGCGUCAUCUCCUUCACCGAGGUGGCCUCCAAGGAGUUUGGCAAAUUUGGCAUUCGUGUCAAUUGCAUCCUCCCCGGCUACAUUGACACGCCCAUGGUUGCCGUGGUGCCCGACAGCAUUAAGCAACAGGUGGUACAACGCUGUCCGCUUGGCCGCUUGGGUCAGCCCGAGGAGAUCGCCGAGGUGAUCGCUUUCCUUGCCUCCCAGAAGUCGGCCUAUGUCAAUGGCGCGGCCAUCGAAGUCACCGGCGGCCUCAAAUAGUUGUUUGCUUGGCCAAAGCUUCCCCCCCUCAAAGUGCUUCUUAUCGCCAUACAGUUGUGCAUUUAUUUGUUGUAGUUCUAUAAUUAA